AUGGCGUCUUGCACCAGGUUCCUGAUCUUCGCUGUGGCGGCCAGCCUACUGGCGAGCUUUGCGCGGGCGGACCUGCAGUACGAUUUCUACAACACGUCGUGCCCGGGGGUGGAGACGCUUGUGCGCGAUGCGCUCACGGAGGUCUUCGCCGCCGACUCCACCGUCCGCGCCGGCCUGCUCCGCCUCCACUUCCACGACUGCUUCGUCCGGGGCUGCGAUGCCUCCAUCAUGAUCAACUCCAACAACGGCACCGCCGAGAAGAACGCCGACCCCAACCUAACGCUGCGCGGCUACGAGGUGAUCGAGGCCAUCAAGGUCAAGGUCGAGGCCGCCUGCCCGCUCGUCGUCUCCUGCGCUGACAUCAUGGCCAUGGCUGCGCGCGACGCCGUCAAGUUUAGCGAAGGGCCAGAUUAUCUGGUGGAGACCGGGCGUCGGGACGGCAACGUCUCCAUGAUGGCGGAUGCCCUCAGCGACCUGCCACCGGCCGACGGCAACGUCACCGUUCUCACCAAGGUCUUCGCCGUCAAGAACCUCACCAUGAAGGACCUAGUCGUCCUCUCCGGCGCGCACACGCUCGGGGUGGCGCACUGCCCGUCGUUCUCGUACCGGGUGCACAACUACACCGGCGUCGGCGACGAGGACCCGUCGAUGGAGCCGGAGUACGCGGAGGGUCUGAACGCGACGUGCGCGCCGGACAACUAUGCGAGCGUGGUGCCUCUGGACGCGGUCACCACCAACGAGUUCGACCUGGGCUACUUCCAGUCCGUGUACGCCGGCAAGGGGCUGCUCGGCUCCGACGACGCGCUGCGCCACGACAGUCUCACGGGGGCCUACGUCAGUCUCAUGAACAACGCGUCCUCCCUCGACACCUUCUUCGCCGACUUCGCCGUUUCCAUGAUCAACAUGGGCAGGGUUGGCGUCCUCACCGGGACCGACGGCGAGAUCAGAGCGACCUGCGGCAUCUACGUCGACUGA